GCCGCCGCCGCCACCGCCACUUUCUCGCUCGCUCCCGCUCCCCGGACGCGGCGGAGGAGCCGGCCCCGCUGGGGAAGGGCUCGGGGCGGCGGCGGGCGGCCGGGAGGAGGCUGCGUGCUCGGGGCUGGGGCUGCGAGCGGGGUGAUUUUGUAUUAAAAUGAGGAGGAGGAAGAAGAGGCAGCCACAGCGGCGGCGGCGGCAGCAGCAGCAGCGGCGGCGGCAGCAGCAGCGGCGGCGGAGAGGGCUGCAGCCCGGGCGGACGCGCGGAGCCGAGCUGGGCACGGCGGCGGCGACAGCGGCCGGGAUGAGUCAACUCAUAAUUUAAUGGGGGCAGAGACGGCAGCGAGGGGGAGAGCGAGAGAGCGAGGGAGAGAAACAGCCCCGUCCGGGGACUCGCACUCACACGCACACACACCGACGCGCGCACACACACACCUCUCCCUGUGCCACCCAGCAACAACCGGCCUCGUCACAACAACAACAGCCGCGGCCGCCCUCUAGACUGCCCGGGGACCGAGCAGAAAGCCAGGGCGACUCCAGAGGACGCUUCCCACCCCCCUCUUUCGUUUUGGGAAACUCCUCAUCAGUUUUGCUGGGGUUUCUGGGUUUCUUUGCCCCCAAGUCCUAGUGCCAUUGUGGUGCUCGUUGUUUACCUCGGACUCGGGCUGAGUGAGAGCCUGGCGACUUUUUGGGGGGAGGGGGCGGGGAGUUAGUCGCUGCUGAGGCGGUGGAGGUGGCUGGGGGUGCCUUCUGAUUCUCUCCCCCUCCCCCGUGCCCUUCCCCCCUCCCUGCCUCCACUCGCUGGGCUCCCCUGACGCUCGCAGCCCCGCGUCCAUGGGCAGGGAGAGUGUCCUCGAGGCUGUUGUCAGCGAGGGCCGAGUCAAAAGUGGCAUUUUAGUGCCUUUCUGGGGCUUUUCUCGCGACCUUCUGCCCCCCACCCUCGCUGUUCCCCGGUAGAAUCCCUCGUUGAGGGUGCGAGGCUGUGGGAAGAAAGUUUAAGGUUUGUUAAUAUUAGUCGGGAUUGUUGGGGAGGGUGGUGGGGGCGAUAGGAAGGGAGGCGUAGGUGGCCUUCCCCUCGCUGCGUUCUGCGGGGUCAUUGGAGAAUAAUAUCGCAAGUGACAGCCCGAGUAGACUUUCUCUGCUCGCACCGAGAAACCCCCGCGAGCUGGGGGGAGGGGGGAGGAAAGCGAGGGGACCUUUUUCCCCUUUUUGGAGACCUUGUCCGCAGUGAUUUUUUCUUCUGUUCUUUUUAAGAGAAUCCUCUGUCACCACCUCGCCUCCCCAGCUCCACCACAGUCUACAGCUCAUAACGGGUUUUGCUUUGUUUUUACGAUUCUUCCCCCAACGAAUCACUUGUCAGAUCAAUUUUAUCUUCGCCCUCCUCCCUACUUCCCACUCUCCCCUCCUCCCUCAUCGAAAACCCCGUUCUCUGAGGUUAGACAUUUUACAAACCAUAUAUGUUGUUUUUCGAAUUGUGAUUUUUAACACUUCCCCCACCCCCCAUGGCUACUCUUCUGGACGUUUAUUUCUGCCCUUCCCCCGCUUAGGGGGGCGGGGGUAGGGGAAGAGAAAAUAAUACAAUUUCAGGGGAAGUCGCCUUCAGGUCUGCUGCUUUUUUUUUUUUAAUUAAAAAAAAAAAGGACAGAAAACAUCAGUCUUGAACUUCUCUUCAAGAACCCGGGCUGCAAAGGAAAUCUCCUUUGUUUUUGUUAUUUAUAUGCUGUCAAGUUUUGAAGUGGUGAGUUUCAGGUGAUCUUUAGAGGGUAACUGAGUAUGGAUCAUUUGAACGAGGCAACUCAGGGGAAAGAACAUUCAGAAAUGUCUAACAAUGUGAGCGAUCCGAAGGGUCCACCAGCCAAGAUCGCCCGCCUGGAGCAGAACGGGAGCCCACUAGGAAGAGGAAGGCUUGGGAGUACAGGUGGAAAAAUGCAAGGAGUGCCUUUAAAACACUCGGGCCAUCUGAUGAAAACCAACCUUAGGAAAGGAACCAUGCUACCAGUUUUUUGCGUGGUGGAACAUUAUGAAAACGCCAUUGAAUAUGAUUGCAAGGAGGAGCAUGCGGAAUUUGUGUUGGUGAGAAAGGAUAUGCUUUUCAACCAGCUGAUAGAAAUGGCAUUGCUGUCUCUGGGUUAUUCGCAUAGCUCUGCUGCCCAGGCCAAAGGGCUAAUCCAGGUUGGAAAGUGGAAUCCAGUUCCACUGUCUUACGUGACAGAUGCCCCUGAUGCUACGGUAGCAGAUAUGCUUCAAGACGUGUAUCAUGUGGUCACAUUGAAAAUUCAGCUACACAGUUGCCCCAAACUCGAAGACUUGCCUCCUGAACAAUGGUCGCACACCACAGUAAGGAAUGCUCUGAAGGACUUACUGAAAGAUAUGAAUCAGAGUUCGUUGGCCAAGGAGUGCCCCCUUUCACAGAGUAUGAUUUCUUCCAUUGUGAACAGCACUUACUAUGCAAAUGUCUCAGCAGCGAAAUGUCAAGAAUUUGGAAGGUGGUACAAACAUUUCAAGAAGACAAAAGAUAUGAUGGUCGAAAUGGAUAGUCUUUCUGAACUAUCCCAGCAAGGAGCCAACCACGUCAACUUUGGCCAGCAGCCGGUCCCAGGGAACACAGCCGAGCAGCCUCCAUCCCCCGCGCAGCUCUCCCACGGCAGCCAGACCUCUGUCCGGACCCCUCUUCCGAAUCUGCACCCUGGGCUUGUGUCAACGCCCAUCAGUCCUCAGUUGGUCAACCAGCAGCUGGUGAUGGCUCAGCUGCUGAACCAGCAGUAUGCAGUGAACAGACUUUUAGCCCAGCAGUCCUUAAACCAACAAUACUUGAACCACCCUCCCCCUGUCAGUAGAUCUAUGAAUAAGCCUUUGGAGCAACAGGUUUCCACCAACACAGAGGUGUCUUCCGAAAUCUACCAGUGGGUACGCGAUGAACUGAAACGAGCAGGAAUCUCCCAGGCAGUGUUUGCACGUGUGGCUUUUAACAGAACUCAGGGCUUGCUUUCAGAAAUUCUCAGAAAGGAAGAGGACCCCAAGACUGCAUCCCAGUCUUUGCUGGUAAACCUGCGGGCUAUGCAGAAUUUCUUGCAGUUACCAGAAGCUGAAAGAGAUCGAAUUUACCAGGACGAAAGGGAAAGGAGCUUGAAUGCUGCCUCGGCUAUGGGUCCUGCCCCCCUGAUAAGCACACCACCCAGCCGCCCUCCCCAGGUGAAAACAGCUACUAUUGCCACUGAGAGGAAUGGGAAACCAGAGAACAAUACCAUGAACAUUAAUGCUUCCAUUUAUGAUGAGAUUCAGCAGGAAAUGAAGCGCGCUAAAGUGUCCCAAGCACUGUUUGCAAAGGUUGCAGCAACCAAAAGCCAGGGGUGGUUGUGUGAGCUGUUACGUUGGAAAGAAGAUCCCUCUCCAGAAAACAGGACCCUGUGGGAGAACCUCUCCAUGAUCCGAAGAUUCCUCAGUCUUCCUCAGCCAGAACGCGAUGCCAUAUAUGAACAGGAGAGCAACGCGGUGCAUCACCAUGGCGACAGGCCACCCCACAUCAUCCAUGUUCCAGCAGAACAGAUUCAGCAGCAGCCCCAGCCCCAGGCGCAGCAGCCGGCCCCGCCGCCCCCGCAGCCCCAGGCACAGCAGCCGGCUGGCCCCCGGCUCCCCCCGCGGCAGCCCACCGUGGCCGCGCCAGCCGAGGCCGAGGAUGACAGCCGCCAGAAGACCCGGCCUCGAACAAAGAUUUCCGUGGAGGCCCUGGGAAUCCUCCAGAGUUUCAUCCAAGACGUAGGCCUGUACCCGGACGAAGAGGCCAUCCAGACUCUGUCCGCCCAGCUGGACCUUCCCAAGUACACCAUCAUCAAGUUCUUUCAGAACCAGCGGUAUUAUCUCAAGCACCACGGCAAACUGAAGGACAACUCCGGCUUAGAGGUGGAUGUGGCUGAGUACAAAGAAGAGGAGUUGCUUAAGGAUUUAGAAGAGAGUGUCCAAGAUAAAAACGCUAACACCCUUUUCUCGGUGAAACUAGAAGACGAGCUAGCAGUGGAAGGGAACACAGACGUUAACGCUGACUUGAAAGACUGAGAGAAAAAGUAUUAUUUUCAUUCAACAGUGCCACUGGUAUUUACCAACAAAUGAAAAUCCACCUGUAUUUGCUCAGAAAGCCUAUGUUGUUCAUGGUUUGGCCAACGAAUCUUCAGAAAGUUGCACAAACAGGAAAAGUGGAGAAAGGAUAAUACAGACUGCACUAAACGUUUUACUCUGUUUUACAAACUGCUUGGCAGCCCCCGGUGAAGCAUUGAGGAUUGUUUGGUAUUAAAAGUUCAAAUUUGUGUUCACGGGACGCACCAUGGUGUGUACCCCGUUAGCAUGAUACCAGUGAUUUUUUUAAAUAAUAAUUAUUCUGGAGCCUCAAACAAGCAUUAUAACUUCUGUGAUUAUCAUUUCCUUCCUUUAAUUAUUUCUGUAACACUCCACACUGAUCUUUGGAAACUCGCCCCUUAUUUUAAAAAGAAAAAAAAAAGAGUUUGUUACUCUAUUGUAUGUUACAAAAGAACUAUAGACUGUGGAAUGCAGUUUAAAGAUGACAUAUGCCAACAAAUGCCUUGUAUUAUAUGGCACUGCCGUAAUUCAAAUUUGUUUUUAUUUUGGAAAUAAAAGUUCACUGUAAUUUUUUUCAUUCUCAUUGUUACAUGAUUUUUUUAAAAAAAUGAAAAAAUGUGAAACACAAUUUAGUCCUCAUUAUUUAUUUGUAGAUCCUGCAGCAUCAUGUUGUAAUUAAUUUUUUGGAAGUUUCCGUUAAAUGUAAUAUUGCUUCUCUUGUUACCAUACUGAUUCUUUUCUAUUUAUAAAUGUAUUUUGAUGGGCAGUAAAACAAAGUGUCUUAAAAGUUUUAAAUAGAGAAAAUGUGCUUUACACAGUUGCCUAUAAAAAGUGCUCUAUGUUAUCCAAGCAAUUCAUACUAUAAGCUUCACUCUUAUUGUUGUAUGCAAUUUUUACUAUCAUGCAAAUAAGCUUAGGUAAAUAAAACUAAUAGAUCACCUUAGAAAAUUAUGCAAUUAAUGUGAAAAUAAUCGAUGUUUGCAAUGUGUCUUCCUUUGGUUUACAAUCAAUUUGAAAGCUACAUCUGUAUAAAAUUUCUGUAUAAAGGUGUAUUUCUUUUUUAUGAGUUUAUGGCUAUGAAAACACCAGCUAUUUUGUUACAGCUGGCUGUUUUUAUAAGUGUACCACAAUUUUCUUUAUGCAGAAAUGUUCUGAUUAGGAGUGGUUAUUGACUGUAACUACACAAUUAAAAUUGUUUGUAUGGUAUGACAUGGUAGGGUUUGUCUGCUUAUGUGAAGUAACCUUGCAGAGUCAGAGACGGCCCUCCCAGUUAGAUGCAUGUUCUUACCUUCCUGAUACUCCACUGAUUUUAAAAAGAGCAAUUGAAAAGUCACUCAAAACACUGUAAAUGCAAAUCACAAACAUGCUCAUUUUUAAAGUAUAGCUAAUGAAGAUGAUAACCUGUUUUAGGUUAACAUUUUGCUUAAUGAACAGAUAGGAUGGUCUAAAGACUUGCCAAGAAAAAAACAGAAAUCCAGUCCCUGGCAGUCAUGUACUCAGGAUGGAUUCGUCUGCAUUUACUUCACAAUACUUCAGUUAUGGCAAUGCUUUUAAAGUUAAUGCACAGAUAUUUUUAAAGGCCACUAAUAGUAACGUAAAAUAAGCAUGGAAAAAUGGACCUUCUGUAUAAAAACUCCUUAAUAAGCAGUGUAUUUUUUUAAAGUUAUAAAUGGAGUAUAAGUUAACUCAGUUCAUUUGGGUGUGUAUGUCAUAACUAUAAGAACCACAUGAAGAAAACAAGAAUAACACACCUGGAAUUUAAACACAGUCUUCAAGAUAGAAAAUUAGGUGUGCUAAUGGUCAUAGGAUUGAGGCCAGGGUUGCAGUUCUUGAUUUUUUUUUUAUAAAUACUUUAUAUUUUGCUUCCUGUUUUGAAAGGGUUCCUAGAUGUUAGUUGAUAGGUGUGCCUGGGUUCCUUAAAACCUGGUUCUGAAAUGGCCCAUUCUUCUCCUGCCAUCACCCUAGGCCCUGAUAAGCUCGUGGGUAGGCAACUGGGCUGCUUUAGUGCUGAACUUUUAUGCAGGAAGCUGAGAUGGUAUCAUUGAAAACUCCCAGUUCAGUUUUAAAAAGCACUGUUUACUCUUGAAGUGCGGUUGAACUACUAUGAAAGCAGCUGGUUUGCUGCAAACUUAAAAUUGACUGAAAAGUUUUUAAUUCUUAAGUGAGAAAACUUUUAAACAUUCUUGCUCACUGGACUUCAGAAAAGCAUUUGAGCAAAAGGAGCUUGAAUUAAAAUAGAAGUUAGAUUUCAUGUAUUAAAAACAAAUGGAAAUUAGUAUGCCAUGAAGUUUUUAAAAAAACUAUCUUCCUUUCUUUUCUCUUGAAUUUAAGGAAAAACCUAGAGCAGAGAAACUAUUUUUUUAACCAGCCCCACACUUCACGUAAGGUGUCAGAGGUACAAAAUUUAAUAUUUUAAUGGAAGGAAAGGAUGGGUUGCAAAAUAAGAUUUUCCCAUUCCCAAUAAUCUAACUUUUAAAAUAACAUUCUUAGUGAAUUAGUGAGUGUGUGUAAGAAAUCAACAACAUUAACAAAUUCUUACUUAGGUCCUUUAACUUAAGCACUGUAAUUUUGCUAAUAUGGUAUAUUAAACCAAAAAAAAAAGCACAUGUUGGUAAACACUCAAGGUGAUGACAGAGUGAAUAAAAUUGUUUUCAGGAAAGAUGGCACAUUUUCUGAAAGAUCUGGGUGACCUUCCACAUUGCCCCUCCCAUGUCAUUAUUGAGCAUACCAGUUCUCUUGUUGCCAGGUGGCUAUGGCAGUUUCCUUGAACAAGUUUCAUUGUGUCCAAGUUUAUCAGAGACUUUUUAAAAGCGGGGCAUGAUAGAGCGCUUCGCGCUGUUAAGACCUUAGCAGAGUCAGGUAGUUUACGGGUAAUAUUCAACCUUGUACAUCUGAAUCUGUCAUGGAUUCCUUCCCUCAGCACUUUGCCACUAAUUUGUAUUACACUCUGUGGCCAUAUAAUACUUGCACAUUAUGCAAAAAAUAAUGUUGAUAGUAUCUCCUUGGCACAAAAUAUGCAGAGUUGACACACAACCUUUGAAAACCAAGGUAACUAAUGUAUGUGUGCCCUAGUUGUGUGGCACUUGGUUACAAAGUCUGUACAUAUUAUGUAUAAAAUGUGUAUAGAUUAACAUUUAGUCCUAAUGAGCUUAAACAAAGUGUUUUUUCCAAUUAGUGAUAUCUAUAUCUGUGCUUAUCUAAAAUAUAUAGCUUGAGUAGAAAACAUUUUCACAUGGUUCAA